CCCAUUCGAAUUUCUUGCAGAUCCAAGAACCUUGAAGUGCUUUCCAUUGUCGACGACAGCGACGGGAACCAAACACCGCAUUCUAUCAGUCUCUCGUCAUAAACCAAGCAUGGCCUCCCUGCAAGUGCCCGUGAGAGGGAAAGCUGGAGGUGCUCCUGUCACAAAAGCUGUGAUUCUGGUUGGGGGCCCAUCCCGAGGAACACGUUUCAGACCACUUUCUCUCGACCUGCCGAAGCCACUUUUCGAAGUCGCCGGCCAUCCCAUCAUCGAACACUGCUUCCAGGCAGUCUCACGCGUCCCUGAGAUUCACGAAGUCUUCAUCGUCGGCUACUACGACGAGUCAGUGUUCCGCGACUUCAUCAAGGAUUGCUCGCGCACACACCCCAAGAUCAGCGUCAAGUAUCUUCGCGAAUAUCAAGCUCUCGGUACAGCCGGCGGUCUUUAUCACUUCCGCGAUGCCAUCCUGAAGGGCAGACCCGAUCGCUUCUUCGUCCUCAACGCCGAUGUGUGCUGCUCGUUCCCACUGGAGCAGAUGUUGCGCUUAUUCGACGAGAAAGAUGCGGAAGCUGUAAUUUUGGGCACAAGGGUCCCGAACGAUGCAGCCACCAAUUUUGGUUGCAUCGUCAGCGAUUCGCAUAGCAAGAGAGUGCUUCAUUACGUGGAAAAGCCGGAAUCACACAUCUCGAACCUGAUCAACUGCGGUGUCUAUCUCUUCGCGACGGAAGCUAUCUUCCCUAGCAUCAAGAGCGCUAUCAAGCGCCGCACAGAUCGCCCACGGCUGUUGUCAUACCCGUCCUCGGAUGCGCUGGACGCGCAGUACGUCCCACCCGGAGACGAGGAUGGCGAGAAGAACGAAGUCAUUCGACUGGAGCAGGACAUACUCGCAGAUCUUGCAGACAGCAGGCAGUUCUAUGUCCUGGAGACCAAGGACUUCUGGCGGCAGAUCAAGACCGCUGGCUCAGCAGUACCUGCGAACGCUCUCUAUCUCACCAAGGCGUUCCAGCUGCAAUCAGAAGAGCUUGCGAAACCAUCAGCCAACAUUUUGCCGCCUGUGUUUAUCCACCCCAGCGCACAGGUCGAUCCGACCGCUAAGCUGGGGCCCAACGUGUCGAUUGGACCUCGCGCAGUGGUCGGCGCAGGCGCGAGAAUCAAGGAGUCCAUCGUGCUCGAGGACGCCGAGGUCCGUCACGAUGCGUGCGUGCUAUAUUCCAUCAUUGGCUGGGGCAGCAGAGUCGGCGCCUGGGCACGCGUAGAGGGCACACCGACACCAGCGCGAGAGCACAGCACGAGCGUGGUCAAGAAUGGAGUGAAAGUACAAAGCAUUACUAUCCUGGGUAAGGAAUGCGCCGUUGCGGACGAGGUCCGCGUACAGAACUGCGUCUGCUUGCCAUACAAAGAGCUGAAGCGCGACGUGGCCAACGAGGUCAUUAUGUAAGUCGAGUCGCAGAGGCGUGUAGAAAAAGCGCGGCGCCGCACAGCAGCGACGUUGACCAAAAGAUGCAUUACCCAAACAUCGACAGGGCGUCGGGGGGAGGAGCAGCCAUGGGAGGGCAGUGGAGCUCAGCAGACACGUGCAUACCGUAUGGAGGUAGUCUGGGCGAUCGACACACUAUACACCCACCCUGCUGACUACAUGGUACUACUUGUGUUGCAAUGACUGACGCCGAUCGAUCUGUGAAGAACGACUGAUGACCUGUUGUGGUGGGCAAUCUUGGGGGGAGUCAGCGAGAUGUUGGUAGCACGUCCUCAGUACAUGUAGCUGACAUGGUCGUAUACGAUACUGCAAGCACUUUUAGAGGCACAUCCGACGGUACCUGUACCUACAUGUACCUACCUUGUAUUGAAGACGAUAUAUGUGAU